UCUCAGCAUAAUUCUGUGAAAAAAAUGUUUGCAGAUUGUUUUAGUACAAUUUUUCAAUCAACUUGUCGUGUUCGUGAUUCGUUGAAAUCAUCAUUGAAAACGGUCUCAACGACCACGGCAACGACAACGGCAAAAAAGUUUGAUGUCACCAAUAAAGAGUUGACAGAAUUAAUGGAAUAUCGUGGCUUAGAAUCCAUUGAAAAGGUUGAAGAAAAAUUUGGAUCAAUAAAUGAAUUGUGUAUGAAGUUAAAUAUUUCACUUGAUAAAGGUAUAGAUGGAACCGAUGAUGAAAUUAAGCUUCGGAAACAAGUUUUUGGCUCAAAUAAAUUGAUUGCCAUUACAUCGAAAUCAUUUUUGUCAUUAGUAUUGGAAGCAUUGCAAGAAAAAACGAUGAUCAUGUUGGAAAUAUGUGCAUUCGUUUCAUUGGCACUUUCAUUCUAUCAUCCAACAAAUGAAUCAUCGUCCGAUGAUCAUCGAAAUCCAUAUUUGGAACAAAAAAAUGAAGAUCGAUAUGGUUAUGUUGAAUCAGUGGCCAUAUGGUUAUCGAUUAUGAUUACAGUAUUAGUAAUGGCAACCAGUGAAUAUGGAAAAGAAGCCAAAUUUAGAGCAUUACAAAAUCGUUUAGAAAAAGAACACAAGAUCAAUGUAUUACGUAAUGGUAAUAUACAUGAAAUAUCAACAUCGGAUUUAGUUGUUGGUGAUAUUUGCAUAAUUAAAUAUGGUGACGUAAUUCCAGCUGAUGGAAUAUUAUUCGAAUAUAAUGAAUUAAAAAUCGAUGAAAGCUCAAUGACUGGUGAAUCGGAUCUAGUGGCCAAACGAACGGAUAAAGAUAUCACAUUAUUUGCUGGAACUCAUGUUAUGGAAGGAAGUGGCCGUAUGAUUGUUAUCGCUGUCGGUGCCAAUUCACAAACGGGCGUUAUUUAUACACUUAUGAAAAGUGGAAAAAAAGGAAAAUCAAUCCUACAAUGUAAACUUGCCGAUUUGGCUGUCAAAAUUGGAUAUUUUGGCAUAUCAAUCGCAAUAAUAACCAUUAUAAUGCUUAUCGUACGAUCUUGUAUUGUUGAAUUUGCUAUUAAACAGGAAAAAUUGGCAUAUAAACAUAUAAAAGAAUUUUUUGAUCAUGUCAUCACUGGUAUAACGAUUCUUGUUGUUGCCGUACCGGAAGGACUACCAUUGGCCGUAUCAUUAUCAUUGGCCUAUUCGGUUAAGCAAAUGAUGAGAGAUAACAAUCUAGUACGUCAUAUUGAUGCUUGUGAAACGAUGGGUAAUGCAACGACUAUUUGUUCGGAUAAAACAGGAACAUUAACAGCAAACAAAAUGACCGCCGUACAAUGUUAUACAUUUGGUAUUUAUUAUACAAAAUUAUCAAAAAGACAGCUGAAUUUUCAUACAGCACAAAAUAUCACAUUUGUCCAUAUAUUGGCUCAGAAUAUUGCAUUGAAUUCAGCAUCUACAAGUCGUAUUGCGCGAGACGAAAAUAAUUUGAUCAAACAAUAUGGAAACAAAACCGAAUGUGCAUUAUUAGGUUUACUUUAUAAGCUUCAAUAUGAUUAUGCUAAAUUACGCAAUGAAUUUUCUGUGAAUGAAAUUCAUCGAGUUUUUGCAUUCAAUUCCAUGAGGAAAUUGAUGCGUACAAUAAUCAAACUACCAGAUGAUCAAGGAUUUCGUUUAUUAGCCAAGGGUGCUUCAGAAAUUAUAUUACGUAAAUGUUCUUUUAUCAUUGGUGUUGAUGGUAAAUUAUUACGAUUGAAUUUAAUGGAAAAAAAUAAGAUUACACAGCAAGUGAUAAAAGUAAUGGCACACAAUGGUCUACGUACUAUUUGUUUGGCUUAUGUGGAUUAUAUUUUCCAUGAUGAUGAUGAUGAUGACGCGAACGAUGCCAAUAAUGAUGAAAAUAGUCGACCAAACCAUAACCGUAACAAACCUAAUUGUAAGAUGAUUAAACGAAAUAUUGAACCAGAAUGGGAUGAUGAACAAUCCUAUUCAGAUAUGACUUGUUUAGCCAUCGUUGGUAUUGAAGACCCUAUCCGAAAAGAUGUACCACAAGCUAUAAAAAAAUUUCAAGAAUCCGGUAUAACCGUACGAAUGAUAACUGGUGAUAAUAUUGAUACGGCAAGAUCGAUUGCAAACAAAUGUGGUAUAAUCAAUACUGAUAGUAAUAGUAAUCAAGAAAAAAAUUUCAUGAUACUUGAUGGUAAACAAUUUAAUCAAAUGAUACGUAAUGAUUCCGGUGAAAUUGAUCAAGAUUUAUUCGAUUCUAUAUGGCCACAUUUACGUGUAUUGGCACGUUCAUCACCUAUGGAUAAAUAUAUUCUUGUCAAACAUAUAAUUGCAAGUCGAAUAACAUCAGCAAGAGAAGUGGUAGCUGUCACUGGUGAUGGUACAAAUGAUGCACCAGCAUUAAAAAUGGCUGAUGUUGGUUUCGCCAUGGGCAUUGCUGGCACCGAAGUGGCCAAAGAAGCAUCGGACAUUAUAUUGACUGAUGAUAAUUUUUCAAGCAUAAUAAAAUCAGUCAUCUGGGGCAGAAAUGUUUAUGACAGUAUUGCUAAAUUUAUUCAAUUCCAAUUAACUGUCAAUAUUGUAGCUGUAUUGAUAUGUUUCGUUAGUGCAUGUAUUAUACAAGAAAGUCCAUUGAGACCAGUACAAAUGUUAUGGGUUAAUCUGAUUAUGGAUACAUUAGGUUCAUUGGCGCUUUCAACUGAAGAACCAGAUAAAACAGUUUUAUUACGUAAACCAUAUGGUCGUAAUAAACCAUUGAUAUCGACAAAUAUGCUUAAAAUUAUUGCCGGUAAUGCAUUAUAUCAGCUUGCCAUUUUGAUAUCAUUUUUAUUCUAUGGUAAAAUAUAUUCGUUUACCUGUUUUUAUAUCUACCUUUCUAAUGUUAUUAUCGUUUUUGUUGUUUCUCAAACACACACACACACACACACACACACAGGUCCACAAUGGUUAGAUUUUGAUUCUGGUCUACAAUUGAGUAAAAACACACCGACCGUUCAUUUUACAAUGUUAUUCAAUAUAUUCGUAAUGUUAACAUUAUUCAAUGAAAUUAAUUCACGUAAAAUCAAUGGUGAUCGUAAUGUAUUUGAAGGUAUUUUAGCAAAUUGGAUGUUUUGUUCAAUAUUUUCCGGUACAUUAUUCAUACAGGUAUGCAUUAUACAAUUCGGUAGCAUUUGGUUCAACACUUGUCCAUUGGAUUUAUCACAAUGGAUGUGGUGUUUAGCAUUUGGUUUCAGUAUGCUUGUAUGGGGUCAAAUAACAACAACGAUGACAUUGAAAACACGUAAUUAUAAUUGGAUAAAUGGAAUUAGUGGCCACCAACAACAACCAACCACCCACUAAAAAUAAAUAAAACUGAAACUGGAUAACAGUUGACAAUGAUAAUCUCUACUUUUUUCGUUGAAAAUUAAACAUAAAUUAUAAUCAUA